UGGAAGUGGCUCAGAUCACGUUACGAGAGUUUUUCAAUGCCAUUAUCGCAGGCAAAGAUGUUGAUCCUUCCUGGAAGAAGGCCAUAUACAAGGUCAUCUGUAAGCUGGACAGUGAGGUCCCUGAGAUUUUCAAAUCCCCAAACUGCCUACAAGAGCUUCUUCAUGAGUAGAGAUUUCGACAACUGUUUAUGAAUGUAUGAAAAGUAGCAGUCCCCUUUUGAUGCCCAAGUUUUGUGUGUCUCUAUUUUAAUUUCAUAUAUAUGUAUAUCCUAUACAUAUAUACGUAUAUGAAAUCAAAUUGUAAACCCUCACGGAUUUAUUUUUACUUUUUUGUUCAGUUACAAGAGGACAGUUAUUUUACUUCAGCCUUCAGUUUACUUUUGCCCGAGACCCUUAACAUUUGGAGAAUAAAUGGGGUUAAUUUUCAGGGAGAAGAAUUUUGAAGUGUGUAACAGCCUGUCUUAGUAAGUUAGGGCAUUAUGUUUAAAAAUGCUUUGUCAGAUUUCUUGCUUGCUGCAAAGUGGCAUUUUGUCUUAGUGAGACUAAUGUCAUGGCACAAUACUACAGACAAUGAAGUUUAUAUUACAUUGAUACUGCUAAAGGUCUGAACUCUGUGGAGUCACUUCAUAAGCUCAAAGCUUUCUUUAUUUUAUUUUACUUUUUAACUAAUAGGGUAGAGAUUGUUUCCUAUUUCAGAAAAAACCCCUACAAGCAUGUGUUUUAGGUACUCCCUCCAAAAGUGAUACCCAAAAAGAGCAAACCCUGUUCUUCAAACUUUCCCUUACAGGAACAACAUAUGCCCUGCACCCAUUAUUGGCAAUGCCAGGUAAUUUUUUUUUAUUGAGGCAAGACAAUUUUGCACAAACCAGGUUCUGUUCUUGCAGGCUGAAGCCAGUAAUUCAUGCACAAUAUUGUAUCAGUGACACUAAUUUUAUAAUAUGGUCAGUGUACUAGAACGGAAGCAUUUCACUCUCCAUAGAGUAAAAACAAAACCUUUCAACAUGCAAUAUUACUGUGUCUUGGUCAUAGUUUAAAUGGCACUUGUCACAAGAUAUAUUCUUUUCUUAGUUUUCCCUCUCGGCAUGGAAAGUUUGCUGUCUGUAUUUGAUAUCUAAAAUUUUGCCUUGAAAAGCAAUUAUUUUUCAACAUAAAGUAUUUCAGCUGAAAAGUGGUCAGACAAAGAGGACAUUUUUAAGCUGUAAAAUGUAACCAAUCUUUACCUAGUCAGAAGUAUAAAAGUACAUUUUCAUAAAAAUCUAAUAAAAUUGUACACACACAAAUGUCAACAGUCUCCUGUUGCUUAGGCAGGGUUCAGAUAGCCAGAUUUAAUUUUUGCAUUACUGCAGUAUGGCAUUAAAACCACAUCUAUUUGAUCAGAAUGCUAUCCUUCUCUUCUGAAGUGGAAGCUAGUGUUGACCAAAAUGCUGAGUACAGUGUGAAAAUCUAUGAAAGUUUUGGACUCAUUUAAGUACUGAGACACAACAUGUCAGCAUGAUGCAAGAAAGCUAGCUGCUAGUUUUUGUGCUUUCUUCAGUGGCUCUCCUUUUUAUUUUCACAUUUUCAAAAAAGGUAUAGUAUCCAAUAGCAUGGGGGUGGGUUAACUAUGCUAUGGCACUAUGUAUUUGUCACUUUCUCUGUCGUCUUUUGUACAGAUGCAGUAAGAAUUUAUUGUUAUCUUGAAAAGUAUUUCCCCUCAAGGUAAUUUGAUACAAAACUAUAGAAAGUUACUGAUUAGCCAAGUAUUAUAUUUAGGCCACCUAGGAUAUCAAUAUCUUACUUCUUUAUUUUAAAAUUGCAUUUUGACUUUGGAGAGUGAAAGUUUACCCAUGUGACUAAAGAGCUGACCUGAUCACUGCAAUUUCACUUCAUUUACAAAUACUGCUGAUAGACAGAAAUGUAUGAAAGCAAUUAUUGUCAGCACAAAGCCUUAAAAACCUGCUGACUUCAAAUUAAACAGCACAAUCCUACGAUGCCCUGUCAUUAUUUUCAAGCACUGGCAGUAUCUGUGGAGUAUAGGCAAAGCAGACAAUAGCAUGGGAUGAAGUGCCAACGUUUUCACUAUGCAUUAAAAGAAAAACAAAUCUCCUUGAUCUUAAACUCCCUGAAAGUACCUGAUACUGUAUUUAUCCAGCAUGUGUCAUUUUUUUACUUUGCACAUGAUUUGGUAGCCAUUACACUUCAUAAAGAUGUAACUCCAGUCAGUUCCAAGUAAAAAAGGAUGAAAAGUGUGUUCAUGCACUCUUUCUUUCUUUCUUUCUUUCUUUCUUUCUUUCUUUCUUUCUUUCUUUCUUUCUUUCUUUUUUUGAUUUGUAUGGGAAGAAGUGGCAUAAAAUGCUCAAGUUCUAAUAGAAAUAGUUCCUCACUGGCAAACCAUCCGAUACAAAAUAUAAAACUGCAUUGUCACCUUGGACAUAAAAAAGUAAAGCCAUACUUUAGUCAUACUAUGUGGGCAUACUACUAGAUACCAUCCUGUUUUGUUAUAUAACCGUUACUUUUAUUAUGUUUUAUUGUUAUUAUUAUUAUUAUAUUUUGGCUGCAAUGUGAUUCAAAUAAUCUAAAUAAGUGAAACUGUGUACUCAACACUUGAUGUUGUUACAUUUAUUUAUUUAUUUAUAAAUAGCAUAAUCUCAAUAGUAAGAGAGGCAUAGGAAUUAAGAAUAGAAAUUUCGUUUUAAAGGAAAAAAAUUCAAUUCUUUGAUCUGAAAAAAGGACAAUUUGGUCAUUUCUGGUGAUUAUACUGCAUUAUAGCCAUAUUGCCUUUGUGCCUCCCAGUACAUCUGAAAAUAUAAAUAUUCAGCAUAACUCUUAUUAAAAUUUUAAGUAGAAAUCAGCAUCUUUCAAAUGAUCUCAAUACUAUUUCACUAAAAAUGGCUAAAAGGCAGGAGGCUACUUUUAUUGUAGUGAAAAAAGUUUACUUAGGGAAGGAAUUAUAAAAACCAUGUAGAAAUCCCAUGUUUCCAUUCAUUUUCUGCUAAUUCAGAUUUAUUUCUGCAUAUAAACUUGAGGUUAUAGUCUGUGCCUAGACCUUAAAUGCACCAGCGGAAGGAUAAAAUAUCCUUCAAAAUACCAGUUUUUUCCCCACAAGUACAAUUGUUCUUGUGCCUUCUGUGGCUUACAAUUUUCAUCUUUUAAACUUUAUUUUUCAAUUACUACAGCUGCAAUAAACACUAGAUUUUUUUUUCCGGCUGUUUGACAUGAUGUUGAUAGCUAUGCAUAUUUUGUGUCUUUUUAAAAAAUUAAAAUAAAAAAACAAAGCAGGAGAAUACGUUUUUGAAGAAAAGAAUUUUUAGAACAGUUUGAUAACGCAAAUUAUUUUUUUCUCAAUUGUUUGAGCAGCAUUCAAGUUUUGAAAAUUCUUGUAGAAGCCAAUUUUUUGUAACUGUGGUGCAAAUCUUGUGUUUUCUUAGCCUAAUGAAAAGUAGUAUAGAAGCAAUAUUUCAUACGUAAUAUAUAUGUGUAUACCUAUACCUACAUAUACACACACAUAUAGAUAUGUCUGUGUGCGUGUGCAUACAUACACACAACAUAUGCGUAUGAAGUGGAAAGCUUACCUUUUUCCUAUCUAGAUUAAGAACCUAUUUUAGACAUUUGUUAUGUUUUGUGAAAAGAAUGUUCUAUUUGAAGCUACAAAACAUUUAAUUCUUACUGUAUCUCUGGUUGUUAAAUGGGAACGUUUCACAUUCAAUGGUAAACAUGUGGAAGAUGUUAGAAUGUAGUAUAAUUAUUUAAGGAAGUGUUCACCCAUGUAUUCCUGAGGUUUGCUUUGUGCCUCUGAGUAUUAUUUAAUUAAAGUGUUUUAAGUUUGCAGAAUCUUUGUUACUGUACCAGGUAUGUGGGUGAACAUCGAAGACAGAGGGGAACUUUUAUAAAGCAAUGUAAAUAUUCAACCUUAUGGCUGUUGUUGCAUAAAUACAUAAGAUUUUAAUAACUACAUUCUGAAGACAUCUAUUGAAUUUAUAAGAAGCACUACAGUAACUGUACAGAUAGUUGAAAGCAUUCUUGAAAAUCCAGCUAUCUACUUUUAAAAGAUUGGUCUCUUUCAUCAUAUGUCAAGGGCAUGGGUGAUACAGUUUCUGUAAAAUUACAGAUUUUUUUUCUAUGUACAUGAAGUCAUUUAAUAGCAAAAUGUUUUUUUCCACAGGUAAUAUUAACUAAGAAAUAAAGGUGAAGAUUUUGUGGCUUUAAAGAUAGGAUUUUCACCAGCAGCAAUGAAAGAUAUAUAUACAUAUAUAUAUAUAUAUAUAUAUAUAAAAAUGGAAAGUGGUUUACAAAACCCCCCCAGUGAGCACUGUACAUGAGAAGCGAAGCAAAAACUAUAUUUGCCAUGUGUAUUAUAUAGUAAUCAUUGGUGUGAAUAGUGCAAAUGUUUCCUUCUGGUACCAACUAUGUGUUUGAAAAUUCCAAUAAGCAUUGUUUUCAAAAAGCUCCCCUUAUGGAAUGUAACUGGUUUAUAUGAGUAAGCAGUUACUGUAUUGCACUUAAAUGUUCUGUUGAAGGAAAUGCAAUUUUGUUUUCUGUAGAACUGUUGGUUGUAAACCAUCUAUAAACUGAAGCUAAAAAAUGCUCAUAUUUAGAGCUGGGAUGAAAACUGGUAUUUAACCUUUGCAUCUUCUUAGGAGUAUCCUUUUUAGUGUAUAAAAGAUGUUGGCAUUGUGACUUUACUUAGUCUCUUCAUCUGAGCCACAAUCACCUCUCUCCCUAAGCAGCCACCUUCCAAAAUGCACAAAUAUACUGGGAUAUGUAGAAGCAAAUCUAGAAGAAACAGCAAACUUAUAUCUUAUUUAACUCCAUCCUUUCUGCAAAAUUUAAAAGCAUUCACAUACCACUAAAGGAAAAAUAUAAAAUGAGCACUAUAACAAAAAUAUGUUAUCACCAUGUAAUAUGAAAUUUAGAGUCAGGAAAAGUUACAUCUUAAGUUGGUUUUAAUGCUGCCCAGAAGAGUCAAAGGUUAAGGUUUAAACUGAUAUUGUCCCAGCCAUUACUCAUUUGUAUAUAGUUACAGAAGUGACAAAACACUGCCUUUAUAUUAUUUAGCAAUAUGUUGUAAAUAGCAUUAUUAAGCUCUUUUUUGUAAUAAAGACCUUUUAAUUUGAAGAUAGUACAAUAACUGAACUGAUAAAGUCAAUUUUUGAUUUUUUUUAUUUUUUAGCUAGAGGCAAUUUCAACUGUGGAUUUUUGUUGUUGUCUAUUGUUCUGAAGACUUUGCAUAAUUUAUUGGUUUAAUUUAUCCUAAUUUAUUUGAUGAAGGUGUACAAUUUUGUAUUACCAAGGAUGUACUGUAAUAUUAAUUGAUGAUAUGAUAAAACAAUGAGACUCCCCUGUCCAUAUGAAAAAGGUGCAGUAGACAAUUGACUGAAAAAAGUUACAAUUCUAGCUUGGCAGCUACUAAAUUAAAAAAAAAAAAAAAAACACAGGAAAAAUGGUUUUUUUGUGGGGGGAAGGGGUGGAUUUUAUUUUGUGUGUUUUAAGCUUUUGUAUACUCUCCAGACUUUUACCUUUUUGCUUUGUACCACUUAAAGGAUACAGUAGUUCAAUUGCCUUGUGUGCCUUCCAUCUUCUCUAAACUGAAUGUAUGUGCAGUAUAUAUGCAAGCUUGUGCAAAAUAAAAUAUAAAUUACAAGCUCA